UUUACAAAGGGCGUUACAUGACAAAGUAAUAUGAUGAGUGAUGGAGCUGAUUGACAACACCUGCGCGUGUUGAUCAGCUGCAGCACGUGCUCGGUCCUGUUGACCUCGAGCUCUCCGCAGAGAGUCCCGAUAAGUUUUGACCGGUUUCGUUGUUUAUAAUGGAAAAACUAAUGCUGAUGUCAGCCGCCCUUUGUUGUUUCCGCGCUGUUACUCUGCUGCUGCUGUUCGUCACCUGCAGCUUCCAGCUGGUUGCAUCCUCCAGGCCUGCCUCCAACGCGCCGCGCACCCUGACCGACUUCACCUACCCGUACGACAGCAUCUUCUCCCCGCUGCUGAAAGCUCUGUCUGAGCACGGGGGGUCGAGGUGGAGCCCCGGUCUCAAGAAAAAGAUUAAACCCGAUCACAGGUACAUGAAAUAUCUGACGGAGGUUUACAAGAAGUCCUCCGGAGCGCAGAGGAGCGUGGACGGGGAUCAAAUCUACAACACUGUCCGACUAAUCAAGCCGCAAGAUGAGUGUCUGGCACAAAGUAAUAAAGAAAGUUUCAUGCAGGAUUUGUCCUACAGCCUUCAUCAAGUAAGACGAAAAGAGCAGCUUCUGAACUCGGCCCUGCUGUACAGUUUGGACCUUGAAAGUUCAGCAUCUGUCAACUCUCUGUGUUACCUCACUAUCAAGGAAUAUGAGUGGUCGAACCAGUGUCCGCUGUGUCCCGGGGUCCAACGUGCAGUGAACUUUUCAACCAGCCUGGGCAGGAGGAGCCGGAGGAACUGGGUGGAGGUUGACAUCACUUCGUUUUUUCUGCCUCUCCUAAAGUUUCAGAAGAAGAACAUACACCUGCUUGUCAACAUCACCUGCCCAGAGCAACAAACAGCCAAGGGCAAUGGCUGCAAAAGUCCACUGGAGAUCACUCUGAGGUCCCCUCCUCUUCUUCUUUAUCUCAAUGACACCAGCAAAAUUGCCCAUCAGAGGUCACUAGUGAGAGAUAAAGCAGGUAAAAGGCCGUCUGUGGCCUUAAACACUUUUCAGAAGCAGAUGGUUUUAAAACCAGAACAGAGGCCUGGGCACAAGAGGAGAUGGAAGAGGGAAUCUCCAAAGAGCAAACGAGGUGAUAAAAGCUUGGACAUCCAGCUCCCUGAGCUUCUCCCAAGCUCUGAAUUCCCAACACGUGACUGCGCCUUGUAUGAUUUCAGGGUGCGCUUCAGUCAGCUCAAACUGGACCACUGGAUUGUUUUUCCACCAAAGUACAACCCCAGGUACUGCAGAGGAAUCUGCCCGAGGAUCAUGGGCUUCAUCUACGGUUCACCCGUCCACACCAUGGUGCAAAACCUCAUCUAUGAGAAGCUUGACUCCUCUGUGCCCAGGCCCUCGUGUGUCCCCUCCCACUACAGUCCCCUCAGUGUGAUGAUCUUUGAAGAGGAUGGCUCCUACGUCUACAAGGAGUUUGAGGACAUGGUUGCCACCAGGUGCACAUGUCGCUAAACUAUCUACCAACAUGUCUUUUUCUUUCUUUCUUUUCCCCCUUCUUGUUUACAGGCCAAUCAGAACAUCACCAAACCCUCAUCAGCAGGUGGACCAUUUCCAAGUAUCAAAUAUUCUGACCAGGCUCGGUGAUUUCAUGAAUUUAUAAAAUCGUUGUGUAUGAAAGUAUGAUCUGGAGCAGGUGUGUUUACUUAAAGUAUUUUAUCAUGUAGAAGUGUGCCAUUUAUUUCCUUUUUGUUAAGGCGUGGCAAGAAAAGGUGCAAAUGCAUCCCGAUCUUCAGCUGUUAAUGAAUCGAACACACUUGAAGAAGAAAAUGUGUGAUGUAUGAUUUAUUUUAAGUUUGCUUGUUUCUUUAAUUUAUUCCGGGUGGAUCGUCUGUCGUUAUUCUUUAAUUUAACACAAUUUUCCAAAUUUUU